UAUUUAUUUAAUAUAGAAUACUAAUGUCAAAAAAGACUGUAGGAUCAAAAUAUGAAUAUGAACUUUCAAAUAAAUUAGGAUCAGGAGCUUUUGCUGAAGUGUAUAAAGGGAAAAAUAAAAUGACAGGUGAGGUAGUGGCUAUAAAAGUUAUCAAAAGAACACUUUUGGAAAAAUAUGGGUAUGUAAAUAUUUUUAUUUGUUAAAAGAGAUGAAAUCCUAAACUAAAUUCAUUAGGAAAUCAAUAUAUUAUAAAAGUUGAUGCUUUCAAUGAGAAAGACCCUUUGUCCAUUUAUUAAUAAAAUUUAUGAGUGCCUUGAAACAACAAAUAAUAUUUAUAUUGUUUUGGAAUAUUGCAAUUAAGGAACCUUAUUAGAUAAGAUUAAAAAGUAACGCAAACUACCUGAAGAUGAAGCCUUAUUUGUCUUUUUCUAACUAGUUCAAGCCUUAGAUUUUAUAUGUGACAAUAACAUUGCACACAGAGAUAUUAAACCUGAAAAUGUAUUCAUAAAGGAUGGAAUAUAUAAAUUAGGAGACUUUGGAUUUGCAGGUUAAAAGUCUCUCUACAAUACUCAUCUUGGGACAUAUCCAUAUAUGGCUCCAGAAUUCUUUAAUUCAAGUUCAUAUGAUGGAAAUCAAGUAGAUAUUUGGGCUUUAGGAUUAUUAUUACAUGAAAUAUUAUUUGGAGAGAUCUAUUAUAUUGGGAACAGUCAAUAUGAAGUUUCUUAAAAAAUCUUAAAUAAAUAAUAUACAUUAGGAGCACAACAUAAAUGUUGCAAAGAAAUCCAAGAUUUAUUACCUAAAAUGGUAGAGAAGGAUAAAACAAAAGUAAUAAUAUUUUAGUAUCAUUUUUAGCGUAUUACAGCUAAAUAGAUAUUGGAAUUGCCAAUAUUUUAAAAAUUUAAGAAUGAUAGUCGAUAUUUGAAUAUUGAAGCUUAAGAAAGACAAUUUUGGGAGUUAUUUUUGAAGAACGAAAACAAUCAAACUGAAGAAGAUCUAAAAAAGGCUUCAAAAGAUGAAGAAGAGAAACAAAAAAAAGAAGAAAAAGAAAAAUAAAUGUUGGCUUAAGAAAAAUUAUAAAAUGAGAAAUAAUAAAAGAGAGAUCAAAUUUGUAAAGCUAUAUCUUAAAAUAUUGAAAUAAUUAAUGAAAUGAGAGAUGGCAUGAAAAUAAUAAUCAAACUAUGCGAGUUUCUAAAAGAAAACUUUAAUGAAGUUUGCAGAUAUGAUAUUUUCUACAUUCUUAAGUAAGGAUAUAAUUAAUAUCAUCAUUUGAAAGAGAAAUUAGAUGCUUGUAAAAUACUUACAAAAGAAGAUCAUAUUAAAUUUGAAAAUUUUGAUAAUGAAGUUUGGGAUUAAUUUUAUUUAGAUCAAAAGUUUUUUUAUUAUUUUAUACUAGUGUACAAUCUUUAAUAGGUGAUAUUGAAUGUGAACGAAAUCAGAUUAGAAAGGAAUACAUCAGUCAAUUUAAUUAAUUGAAUAAUAGAACAAGCAAAGAAUAUAAUAAUUAUUUAUUAGAAUUCUAAUCUGUAAAAUUUCAAAUAAAUAUUAGGUUGGAGGCCUGGAUAUUGAUGUUGGUAUUCCUGAAAAAUUGUUUCUUGAGCAAAUGGCUUCAACUAUCAAUGUUUUAAAUUGUGAAUUGACAAUAUAGAGUGACAAUAAAAUUUAAUAGUUAAUAAAAAAGGCAAUUAUUUGGAUAUUCGCUGUUGCUUAAUUUUCAGAUUUAGUUUCUGGUAGAAAAGUUGAUAUCUAAAAGUUUUUGAGAUGCAUUGAAAAUGACUAAGUUGAUGAAAUGAAAAAAUGCUUAUAUUCAAAUUGA